AUGACCGAAAAUACCUUGAAAACUGGAGUUAAGUCAGGGAAAUCCACAAAGCCAAUGAUUGAACGGCAAAGACGAGCAAGAAUCAACCAGCGUCUAGAAGAAAUAAAAGACCUUAUUUUAUCAUCACUGUACCACGAUGAUCCUCAAAUGUAUAACGAAAAAAGCUGUGUGCGUAUGGAUAAGGCAGAAAUCUUAGAAUUUGCAGUAGAGUUCAUCAAAAACCAAAGAACUGCGCGAAAUGCUCAGUACAAGAUCUCAAAACCAUUCCCGCMACAGCAUCAGCAAUUGAUUGCACCGGCAUUUCCGUGGCAAUUUCCUAUGCAAAGCACACUCCCUGGUUCCAAGUUACAGCUUCUCCCACAYGUAAUGCCAGUUCAACCCGCUGUUCACACAACGAAUAUUAUGUCUUAUUACGGACUUGAAAACUCGAAGUCCUCACCUGUCGACGUYAAACCACCAGCGUCACUACCAGCUUUAGACACGUGCCGAGAAAUGUGGAGGCCGUGGAAUUGA